CUUGUACUUCCCUUGGUGUUCCUGUGUAUUGGCUAAUCUUUGGUGACAAAACACUCCUUGUCCUGCCCUUGCACAGCAAAGGGGCUUCCUCAGCUCAUUUAUUAGUCUUUAAGUUUGAUAUUGACAUUUCACUUCCAUGUUUGGAAGCUGUUUUACACUGCAGACACAGAAGUCAGUGUCGUAUUUACAGUGUAGUGGUUGGUUCAUAUCCCCAUGGCAGGCUGGGGGGUGUUUGCCUGUGUGUUAUUCUGCACACACUGUGGGAAUUGUUGUGUCUUCCUGAGUAACAUGCACACAAUGGUCAUGGAUGUGAAAUGGGUUUUAAAACACAAUGUAAAAAUGGCAGUGCUCACAUUCAGCUCUUCACCAGAGCUGUGAAUGAUCAGUGAUGAGAGCUGGUGGUCUGUACAUUGAAGGAUUUCUGCAGAUGUAUUUCUGGGUGGGUUGCUGUUUUUUAAAAAAGCAUUUUGAUUAAAAAAAGCAUUUUGAAGCUAUACGUGUUCCGUAUGUGUGUAGUGGGGUAGCUGAAUCAUCCUGUGUGGAAAAGAGCAUUUUAAAUCUACUUAUUCAUCCAGUGCCAGCACAGGUGAAAUCUUUGGGUCCUCCUUUUAUCCAGUCUAGGUGAGGUGCAGUGUAGGAUUUCUGUGAGUUAAUUCAGGCUGUGCAAUGCUGUGCUGAGAACUGAGCUCCUUCUGCAUCCCAUCAGGGCCCCUCAGGGAUGCUGUGCUGCACAGGCACUGGCAGCUGAAACUCAAAUUGGGGCAGCCAGGUCAGCGCAGGGAUUCUGCAGAUGUUCCUGAGGUGGAGCUUCUGGCCAUGACUGACCUCGUGUGCCAGCAGCCCUUAUUGCUGGGAGACGCUGCUGGAUCUUAAACCUUGGUUUGGAAAAUCAGUUCUUGGGAGCAGCAGUGCUGGGCUUGUCUCCAUCAAACAGUUAAGCUGCUUAGAAGCCACAGUUUUAAUCUUUAUGGAGAAGGAAAUGGGAGUGUUGCAAGCAUACCUUAUAUACUGCACAUAAUUACUGACAUUACCCACACUUCUCCUACUGAUACCAACUCCUGGGCAUGCAGCUGGCACUUCCCCAGAGAGGUGACACAUGACAAAUGUGUUCUGACCAUUUUGCUGAGCAGGUUUCCUGUAACAGCUGCCCAUGAUCUGCUCUUCAGACUCCCAGAGACCUCUGACAGAUCUGGUUUGGUUUGUGUUUCAGUGGUGCUUCCUGUAGCAUAACUUAAAAUGCAUAAGGGCAAAUGGAGGCCAUUGUAUGCAUAGGCCUGUCUGUGCUUUUUCCUGUUGCUUCAGGGAAUUUGGAUUUGUGUUUUUGGGAAAGCAGGAGGGGCCUGGGAAUUGGGUAGACUUGUGAACAUAGAAGUUUUGGUUAUAAUACUCAGAUUUUGUGUCUUCAUCUCCUCUUUGCAGCACUGAUUGCAGCUAUAAACACUGUAUUAAUGUGAUUGUGUUGACCUCUGUGGAUUCUGCUUUGGUAUUGAAUGAAUGCUGCUGUGCACUUGAAGGCCACAUGAUGUCUGAAAAGGAAGAAAUUCUGAUAAAAUUGAUACUCUUCUUCAGAACUAAAACCAACUAUGGAUUCCUGCAGCCUGGUCUGUGCCUUAUUUUAUUGCUGAAAACUGUAGUGAUCUGAUACUUUGGAACAAACCCUUAAUUUAGUGUAAAUAUUUGCAAAGUGUUCCAGUUUUACUUUACAUCAGGUGUUUUCUGAAAAGCUGCUGACCAGAAGUCUUCUAAAGAAAAUUCAAUGUCUGGGAAAAAAAAAAAAUCAUUUUAGGUGACAUCUGAUGCUGGCAAGAGGGUUCUGUGAGUGCUGGGGAAAACUCUGUGUAUUAGUAGUUCUUUGUCCUUGUUGACAUACUACUGCUAAUUUAUUAUAGUAGCAUGACAGACUAUUCAAAUUUAGCUAAACUAGGUGGAAAUAUAUAUUUAAGUUCAUGCUUGGAGAACUUCAUUGUCAGUAUAAAUAUUGCAGAUAAGUGGGUGGUGUCACAAUUCACCAAAAGUUUUGCCUUAAGAGAGCUGAAGACUGGUCUGGGGUUGCAGAGGGAGCCUGCAUGAGUUUGGGGACUCAUUCUCAGUAAAACCAAACUCUCACUUCUGCAUUUAUCCCUUUAUUGGGAUAGCAAAUAGUUUUUUGUCCUCAAACCAAGGGCUUGUGACCCUCUUUGCUGUCCCUUGGUGAAAAUGAGUGAAUCUUGGUGUGUGUCCAUGGUCUUGUGUAAGCAGGCAUCCUUCCAGUUGCUGGUUUGUGGUGGGUUUGUUUUAGGCUCACUCCAUUGAUGAAUGAGGUUGUGACGUUCAGGUAUUCAGAAGUGAGGUGGAAUUUCUCUUUUGUCCUACUGGAUUUUUAUCAAGAGUCCUGGUAAUUCAAGAAGGCCAUGGUGUACUCUGAAGCAAAAGACUCCAUACCUGCUAAGCAAGAACUACCUCUGUGCUGUCAGUGAGGCUGCCUUCCUUCCUUAGAGGCCAUCUGGUAAUGUGACCUGACUCUUAAAAUCCCAAUUAUUCUGGCUUACCUCACUCCUCAGAGUAGGAGAGUCUGGAGGGCUGGGAGCACGGGACAAUGCUGCUGGAAGGAAUGUGAGCCACGGAGCAUGGUUGGUGCCACAGCUAUCCAGGUGCUGAGAGCUGUCUGCAAACGGCUUUGUCAAUGAGGGAAGGAAUUGGCUGGGACUUGAGAGCACAAAGCAGUUCCUAACUCGCUUCACCAUGCGCAAAGGGGUGCCAAAGGACCCAGAGAUAGCUGACCUGUUCUACAAAGAUGAUCCUGAGGAAAUAUUCGUGGGUUUGCAUGAAAUUGGACAUGGAAGCUUUGGAGCAGUUUACUUUGCUACGAAUUCCCACACUAAUGAGGUGGUGGCAGUCAAGAAGAUGUCCUAUAGUGGAAAGCAAACAAACGAGAAAUGGCAAGAUAUCAUCAAAGAAGUCAAGUUUCUCCAGCAGCUGAAGCACCCCAACACCAUAGAGUACAAGGGCUGUUACCUGAAGGAGCACACAGCGUGGUUGGUUAUGGAGUACUGUUUAGGAUCAGCUUCUGAUUUGCUAGAAGUUCACAAGAAACCCCUCCAGGAAGUGGAGAUUGCUGCCAUCACCCAUGGUGCCUUGCAGGGGCUGGCCUACCUGCACUCCCACUGUAGGAUCCACAGGGAUAUAAAAGCUGGAAAUAUUCUUCUAACAGAACCAGGUCAAGUGAAACUUGCUGAUUUUGGGUCUGCAUCUAUAGUCUCCCCUGCCAACUCUUUUGUGGGAACGCCUUACUGGAUGGCACCAGAGGUGAUCCUUGCUAUGGACGAGGGGCAGUACGAUGGGAAGGUGGAUGUUUGGUCUCUGGGGAUCACAUGCAUCGAGUUAGCUGAAAGGAAGCCUCCACUUUUCAACAUGAAUGCAAUGAGUGCCUUAUAUCACAUAGCCCAGAACGAUUCCCCUAGGUUGCAAUCAAAUGAAUGGUCAGACUCCUUUAGGGGAUUUGUUGAUUACUGCUUACAGAAAAUACCUCAGGAAAGGCCAUCAUCAACAGAUUUGUUACGGCACGAUUUUGUCCGCCGGGAGCGACCGCCCAGGGUGCUCCUAGACCUGAUCCAGAGGACCAAGGAUGCAGUGAGGGAGCUGGACAACCUGCAGUACCGGAAAAUGAAGAAAAUCCUCUUCCAGGAGACACGGAAUGGCCCCCUGAACGAGUCCCAGGAGGAGGAGGAGGUACUGGACAGUGAGCAUGGAUCAAACCUGAGUAGGAAGAUGGACAGUCUGGGCAGCAACCAUUCCAUCCCCAGCAUGUCUGUGAGCACAGGCAGCCAGAGCAGCAGUGUGAGCAGCAUGCAGGAGGUCCUGGAUGAGAGCAGCCCUGAGCUGGUCAUGAUGCAUAGUGACGAGAGCACCAUUAAUUCCACCUCCUCCGUUGUUCACAAGAAGGAUCAUGUAUUUAUAAGGGAUGAGGUGGGCCACAGGGAUCGCAGGCCUGAGGUGCGGCCUACCCAGUCAGUGCAGAAUCAGGCCCUCCACUACCGGAACCGAGAGCGCUUUGCCACAAUCAAAUCAGCAUCUUUGGUUACAAGACAGAUCCAUGAGCAUGAGCAGGAGAACGAGCUGCGGGAACAGAUGUCAGGAUAUAAGCGGAUGCGGCGCCAGCACCAGAAGCAGCUGAUCGCCCUGGAGAACAAGUUGAAGGCCGAGAUGGACGAGCACCGCCUCAAGCUGCAGAAGGAGGUGGAGACACACGCCAACAACUCGUCCAUUGAGCUGGAGAAGCUGGCCAAGAAGCAAGUGGCUGUGAUGGAGAAGGAGUCAAAGGCAGCUGCAGCAGAUGAAAAGAAAUUCCAGCAACAGAUUUUGGCUCAGCAAAAGAAAGACCUGGCGACCUUUUUAGAAAGUCAGAAGAAACAAUACAAGCUUUGCAAGGAAAAGAUUAAAGAGGAAAUGAAUGAGGACCACAGCACACCCAAGAAAGAGAAGCAAGAAAGGAUAUCCAAACACAAAGAGAACCUGCAGCACACACAGGCUGAAGAGGAGGCCCAGCUUCUCAGCCAGCAGAGACUCUACUACGACAAAAACUGCCGUUUCUUCAAGAGAAAAACGAUGAUCAAGAGGCACGAGAUGGAGCAGCAGAACAUUCGGGAAGAGCUGAACAAGAAGCGGACGCAGAAGGAGAUGGAGCACGCCAUGCUGAUCCGGCACGACGAGUCCACGCGGGAGCUGGAGUACCGGCAGCUGCACACGCUGCAGAAGCUGCGCAUGGACCUCAUCCGGCUGCAGCACCAGACUGAGCUCGAGAACCAGCUGGAGUACAACAAGCGGCGCGAGCGGGAGCUGCACAGGAAGCACUUCAUGGAGCUCCGGCAGCAACCAAAGAACCUGAAGGCUAUGGAAAUGCAGAUCAAAAAGCAGUUCCAGGACACAUGCAAAGUGCAAACUAAGCAGUACAAAGCACUGAAGAAUCACCAGCUGGAAGUAACUCCAAAGAGUGAGCACAAGACAAUUCUGAAGAGCCUGAAGGACGAGCAGACACGGAAGCUCGCCAUCCUGGCCGAGCAGUAUGAGCAGAGCAUCAACGAGAUGAUGGCCUCGCAGGCGCUCCGGCUGGACGAGGCCCAGGAAGCAGAAUGCCAAGCCCUGAGACUGCAACUCCAGCAGGAGAUGGAGCUGCUCAAUGCCUACCAGAGCAAAAUAAAGAUGCAGACAGAAGCACAGCAUGAAAGGGAACUCCAGAAGCUGGAGCAACGGGUGUCGCUGCGCAGGGCACACCUGGAACAGAAGAUCGAAGAGGAGCUCGCCGCCCUGCAGAAGGAACGCAGCGAGAGGAUCAAGUUUCUGUUGGAAAGGCAGGAGCGAGAGAUUGAGACGUUUGACAUGGAGAGCCUGCGGAUGGGCUUUGGGAAUUUGGUCACAUUAGAAUAUCCCAAGGAGGACUAUAGAUGAGGUUAAAUUUCUUUGCCAUUUAAAAACAAAACAAAAACCACAGAAAGCAAACCAAGUAAGGAUAAAACUUGCAAACCCAACAUUCCCCAUGUUGACGGGCGUGCUCUCUCUCUUUCUGUCUCUCUUACUGACAUCGUGUCGGACCAGUGCCUGUAUAUUCUUAUCCAUCAGGGGCCCCUUUCCCCCGUCACGUCCUGGUGCAGGACAGCUCCUGGCAGUCUUUUCCAUAGUAUGUCACAGUAUUGAUGUCUCUGUGCAAUGAUUAAAAAUGUUUCAGUGAAAACUUUGGAGACGAUUUUAAUGGAGAAAAAAAAAAACCAACAUAUAAAAAAAAAAAAAGCCACCAAGUGGAUGUAUGUUGCUUCUGAGCAAUCACUCAUUUUACCACCAAUCAAUGAAAAUACAAGCAAAAAAUAUUAAUAAUUAAAAGAUAUCUAUGAUCCCAGGGGGAGAGAGACUGAAUCCGCAGCCUUACCUUAACUAGCUGCUGCAUAAUUUUAUUUUAUUUUUAUUUUUUUGGUAUUUAUUCAUCAGGAAUAAUUAAAUAAUAAAAAAAAUUUUAUUAAAGAUUGAAAAAAAAUUUGAUACAUUUUACAGAAAAAAAAACCUUAAUCGUGCUGUACAUAUCAGUGGUGACAUAUUAUUACUUUUUUGGGGGUGGGGAGGGGAGGGUGAUGACGUGGUGAUUUUUAGGAGAACCAUGCCAGGGGCAGCAGGGACGAGCCCUGGCCCCUGGGCAUAUUCUUGAUUGUAUCAUAAAUCAUUUUCUGCUGUCGCAGAGAAUGUGAAUACACUUAAAUGAGCCCACAGGAUCCCAGUAGCACAAAUUGGGCUUUGUCAAAUUGUGUAUUUUGUGUAUAGAAGGAAUUUAAGGAGAGCUUUUACUUAUUUUCAUAUUGUAUUUUAACUGUUUCUCUGAUCAAAAAUUUUUUUACUUCUUUCCCCCCCUCCCUUCCUGCUCCAGCCACCCCCCACUCUCCAGUUCUGUUCUGGAGCUCAACACUGUCUGUUAGAUCAUCCCAGCCCUUUUUAGUUUUUCUUUUAUUUGUUUUUUUGGGUUUUCUUUUUUUUUUUUUGUUCCUCCCCCAAGUCCACCCCAAACCCCAUGAUCUUGGUCAUAAAUAUUGCAUUAUUCACACUUUCAAACUGUGUAUUUUCUUACAAUAAAAAGAGAAAAAAAAAGGCUUUACUUCUUUUGCAUGCACUUUAAAAAAAAAAAAAAAGGACAAAAAAAACCAACAAAACAACAAAAACAUUUUUUCAGGUUCCAGGGAAGAGCAUGAAUAACUGUCAGAGCUUUUAAUUAUAUUUGUAAAUAAAAGUGUUCAUCACAA